AUGCAAGAGAAGUUUCUAAAUACACUAAUAGCUACAAAAGAGCUACCAAAAAUUUUCUAUGAUGCAAUCAACAGCGGCAUCAAACCGCCAACAAUCAUCGAAAUUAUUCGUAAACAUCUCAGACCACAAAAACUUGAUGAUCUGGUUCUCUUUUUGGAGAAAAGACAAUCAAGAUCCUCCGCUGAGAACUUAAUACUGGGAUUUAUAUACGAACAAGAACUUGCCAAAACGCACGAUCGAAACCUGCAGCGUGGUCUCGCUUAUUCGAAAUUUAAAGAGUUAGCAAAUCAAGGCGAUUCAUACGGUCAGUUCUUUUUGGCAGUAAUGUACUAUCGCGAUAUUGGAUCGAAUUCGAAUCUUUUCCCUCGCGCUUUGGAGCUGUUGGUUAAUUCGGCGACUCAGGGGAAUUCUUGUGCCAAUUUCAUGUUGGGACAGCAUUUUGAGUUCGGACAAAGUGGAAGCAAAUUCAAUGCUUUUUUGGUGUACCAGAAAGCUGCUGAAAUUGGACAUAUAUUGGCAAUCAAUUCUUUGGCGAGAUUUUUGUUUCUCGGAGUGGGUGCCAAUCGCGAUGUUCAUAAAUCUUUGAAAUGGUAUCGAAAAGGCGUGUCGCAAAAAAAUGGAGAAAGCCGAAAAAAGAUUAAUGAAAUAUUUCGUCGUUAA